UAGGCGCGAGCGACUUGCAGUGCACCUCGAAGCGACCGCCUGUCGGCGUACGAAGCCAGCGAACCGACCGCGACCGACCGAGGCUACAGAAGCCGACGACUGGACCGUGGCCGUGGCCGUGGCCGUGGCUCCGGGCAGCUCGCGGGACAGAUCAUCAGCGGGCCGCUGAGGCUGCCGGACGAGCGCCGAGUGGACCACGAUGCGCACGCGCAGUGACCGCGAACAGUGACCGCGAGCAGUGAGCCGCCAGUGAUCGGAACUCCUGACCAUUCCCGUGCCUGUGAUCGGCGCCUGAGUCGCGCCCGCUGACCGUCCACUCCGUCCCCACCCUCCGCCCCACCCCCACCUGCCGCCGCCAUGUCGCAGCGGUUCAAACUGCGCUCGUUCCUGCGCAGGACCAUGAACAAGGUGUCGACGGCCAAGGAGAAGCCGAGCAAGGAGCGGCCCGGCGAGGAGCGCGACCCGUCGGUGGCCGCUGAGCCGGCCGAGGCGGCCGCGUCGCUGCCGACGGCGCCCGUGGCCGCCGACGCCGACCGCGCCGGCCUCGAGAGCACCGUCUCCGAGCUUGUGCACAACGUCGAGGGCAAGAAGCAGGAGAUCGCCGCGCUCAAGAUGGAGAUCAAGCGGCUGAAGGAUCAGGUGGCGCCGGCGGACGGCGGCACCGGCGGCGACGCCGCCGGCCGGCCGGCCGACGAGCAGCUGCAGCGGCUGCGCUCGGAGAACCAGGCGCUGCGCUCCCACCUGCUGCAGCGCACCGGCGACUCGGCCGGCGCGCCCAUCAGCGACGCCGAGAAGCAGCUGCUGCGCGACCACCGGCUGCGCUGCUCCUGCUCGGCGCCCGCCUCCAUCGUCGGAGAUGAGAAGGGGCGCGAGCUGGCUCCGUCGUCGUCCCAGGAGCUGCUGGCCGUGACGUCGCCGGCCGACUGGGACAAACAGUCCAGCUCGUCCAUGUCCGAGUUCUCCGUGGCUGAUCUGCAGGACCGCAUCAACCAGAUGGAGGAGACGCACCACAGCACCAACGAGGAGCUGCAGGCGACGCUGCAGGAGCUGACAGAUCUGCAGGACCAGCUGGCCGCCCUGCAGGCGGACAACAAACAGCUGGUGGAGCAGAAGGACGUUCUGUUCGACUCACUCUGCGAGCAGACGGAGCGGCUGGAGGACUCCAAGCAGCAGGUGCAGCAGCUGCGCCAGCUGCUCAUCAAGGAGGAGGCCGACCGCCCCAAGCUGCAGGAGCGGGAGGUGAUGCUGCAGGACCUGAUCAAGGGAGCCCACGACGAGCGUGACGCGCUGCAGUCGAAGCUGGACGCGGCGCAGGAGCAGCUGGAGGCGAUGCGCCGUAGCCAGGCGGCGCACGAGGCCGAGCAGGCGGCGCUGCUCGACCGGCUGCGGCUGCUGGAGUCUACGGUCGAGGCGACGGCGGCCGAGCGGCGCCAGGUGGAGAGUCAGCUGCAGGAGGCCGGACAGCGCGCCACCGACAGCCAGAUCGAGGCCGAGCGCGUCAAGGAGCUGCUCGACAGCGCCAACAGCAAGAUCGCCGAGCUGCAGCAGGCGCAGGCCGCCAACAACAAGUCGGAGCUGGAGGCGCUGCUGGACGCCGUGCGCCAGGAAAAGAACCGCGUGGAUGAGCGCGCCGCCCAUCUGCAAGAGUCGCUCAGCCGAGCCCAGUGCGAGCUGGCCAAGCUGCAGGAGCUGGUGGCCUCGCUGCAGCAGGAGAACAAGGUGGCCAAAAACAACGCCAAGAAGGAGCUGAGUGACGCCCAGUACCGGUACGAUCAGCUAACCAAGGAGAAAAACGCCCUGGUUGCCGGCUCCGAGGUGCUCCAGCACACCAUCCACGAGCUGGAGGCCACCUGUCAGAGCCAUCUGGAGGAUAAACGAGAACUGAAGGCGAGCCUCAGCGAGCAGCAGAAGCGGGUGGCCGAGCUGCAGGAGUCGGCGCGCCAGCUGGAGGCCAGUCUGGCCGAUGCCGCUGACAAGCACCGGCUCGACACGGACGAGUGGGCCCAGUUCCAGGCCGAUCUGCUCAUGUCCGUGCGCGUCGCCAACGACUUCAGGACCGAGGCGCAGGAGCACGUCGAGAAGAUGGCCAUGGACAACCAUCGGCUGCGCGAGCGCGUGAACACGCUCACCGCCGACCUGGAGAAGGCGCGCGCGGCGGCGGCGGCGGCGCGGCCGGCCUCGCCGCCGCCGGCGACGCCGGCCUCUCCGUCGGGCGAGCGGCGCCCGCUGCGGGCCGUGCAGUCGCCGGCGGACGGCCGGCCCGGCCGACCCAGUCUGCUUAUGCGCCAGGAUAGCAAGCUCAGCGUCAAGACGCUCAUCGAGACCAUCGAGUCGGCCAACAAGCAGGCCAAGGCCGGCAGCCGCAGCUCGUCCACGUCCAGCCUGAAUUCUGAACCGCAGCACCCGCGCCUCACCGCCUCGGCGAGCUCCCCGCUGACGCCGAGCGCAGCGCCGGCCACGGCGGCGCCCGGCGCGCCGGCGCCGCGCCCCUUCGGUCGCAGCUACACAGCGUUACGCUCGGAGCGAGACAGCCUGUUCAGCAAGGCCAGCAUGACAGAUUCGGUGAAGGCGUCGGCGCUCAAGGCCGGCGAGGAGGGCAAGCCGCUCACCUCCAUCUUGGCCAACAAGCUGGACACGAGCCUGCGGCGCAGCAGCUACGGCGACCAGCUGGACAAGAAGGACCCGCUGGCGCCACUGGUCAAAAACGGCGGCAGCAAGCGUAACGCGCUACUCAAGUGGUGCCAGAACAAGACGAUCGGUUACCGGGAUGUGGACAUCACCAACUUCAGCAGCUCGUGGAACGACGGCAUGGCCUUGUGCGCGCUGCUGCACAGCUUCAUGCCGGACAAGGUGCCGUUCGACUCGCUGCGGCCAGGCGACAAGCGGCGCAACUUCACGGCCGCGUUCGACGCCGCCGAGACCGUCGGCAUCCCCACCACGCUGAACACCAAUGACAUGGUGUCACAGGAUCGGCCCGACUGGCAGCAGGUGCUCGCCUACGUCACGUCCAUCUACAAGCACUUCGAGACCUAGCGGGAGGCCGCGCGCCGCCUCCCGCCCGCCCCCGGCUGUGAUCCCUCCCCACCCCGGCAGAUCUGACACUUGCCCGCCAGCACCAGUCGUGCGCGCGCGCACCGCGCCUCUCAGGACCUUCUAUAGCGUCAGCCGUGGCGCCGUGCACCGCCCGGUAGCCGGUAGUGUUCUGACCAAAUGUUGAUCUAGUCCGCAGCGCGGUGCCGGAAGCACGUCCUUCCGGCGCCGGCGGCUGCACGCGAGCGCUGGAGAGCCAGCCGAGGUUCCCGUCGCCGGGCCGCGUCUCCGUGCGUGUGUGAAGGCCGUCUGUCAGUCGACCGGCCGCCCCCGCAGGCUAGCACGGGCCGGCGGCCGGCUGCUCCCAGCUCGACGGAUGCGUGUGAUGACGCUCGCCGUUGAUUUGCCAGCCGAGUUGGUGCAGGAGCUAUCCGCGUGUGUUUAUUUCCACAUAUCACCACCGUUCUCACUUGAUUCAGCGCUGUCCCUGUACAAUAUAUGCCUGCCGUCGCGUC